CAUUGGGGUUUUGAGAUAAGAGUUUCCUGGAAGCCCAAACAAACGGAAAUGGCAGGUCAGAUCCUUUGCAUAUAGAUUUAGGUGUGCAUUUUUGUUUGUCGGUGACGGCGACAGACAGUGUUUUUUAUAUAUUUUUUUUCUUAUUUGACCGCUUUUUUUCUUUUCUUUUAAGCCUCCAGCAAAACGUGGUAAACAGUGGGCGCUUUCUGGGGUCGGCGCCCUUAGUAACAUCCCAGUUUUCUAGAUUGUUUUAAUAGAGACAGUGUUAUGGCAGUGGCGAACAGUUUCAGGCAAGUGGUCUUUGGGUCAAGUGCUGUGCUCAACACAUUUGUCAUGUCGCCAAUAUUGAACAUUUAAAAUGAGCUCAUCUUUCAGCCUCCUUGUCAUUGUUUUCUGUGUUCUACCUCACGCCGCUUCUCAAGAGCCCAACUCGAGUAUGUCAUUGAUUUUCAGUUCACAGAAAAAUGCAGAACGAAUGCCGCAGUAAUUCCUUUAGAUAUCAACGGGACUGUGAGAAAUGGCUCGACGGCCUAUUACAAUCCAAACAAAAUCAAACACCAGCGAAACAGUCGCAAAUUCUUUAUCGCAUCGAGUUGGCCUUAACUGGUGAUGCUCAGUUACCGAAUGAUUUACGGCAAUCAAAUUUUUGCGCAAAUGCUUUCGCGAAAUUCGUGGGAGCGUGCACAGAACGUCACCUGUUUACCUCAUAUUACAAAAAACGUAAUUAUGAUUAUGAGGUGGAAAUGCCCGUUGAUUUCGAUCACAUUUACAGUGGUUGUUACAAGCUCAAAAUCAAAUGCUGUGCCAAUAGAAGGUCAUGUGAUGAGUCUUCUUGUGGAAACAAAGCCGGGAUUUACGAAUACCAUCUUGGUCAACUAGAGACGCAUUUGCAAAACGUGAACGUUACACGAAUGAACAUCCGCAUGCGAUUGGCUCAAAUGGAGAGGGGAGCAGAAGUGGAAUUUAAUGUCAAUUAUUUCGAGGAUUCUCGUAAAAUACUCGAAUUCAAAGAAUUUGAUGUUGAAAUCCGAGAUUAUUAUACUAAUUAUACCGUAGCGAAAGUAACUACCACAAGCAAAGUGGUACGUUUUCCUAACUGUAGCGACAUUAACGUCACUUGCAGCCAUCCAAUAAAGAUUAAAAAGUGCUUGUGCUUACCCGUCGGAAACUACACAAUGGCGAUUAACGUUGCCGACAGUCGCUGUAAUUUUCCGACACAAGUUUGUGCAACGUAUCAACAUCCUUGCAAACGAAUCACCAACAGACCUGUGUUGAUCGACCUCUCCCACGCGGGUGGACUCAAUGCUAUGCCACCUGACUAUAUCCCCGUUUCUCCAUUUUCUGGCAUUAGUGGUUUUCUAGUGCUUCUGCUAGCCUUGCUGAGUAUCAUAUCUCUGGUUGCGCUUUUCUUCUUUAAACGCAACUGGCUUUCGUCUCGACGUCACGACCAGUACGCCCAUUAUGUACAAAACGGACCCGAAGAAAUGGUUCCAUUCCCUUUAGCUGGAAGGCGUGUGCGAGUGAUCCUUGUUUAUGACAUGACUGACGACUUGAUGAAAGAAAAGGCUUGCUCUCUCCGAAAGCAAUUCAUAGCCAGCGGCAUUUCUACUGUCUACGAUGCUGGUGACCCUGAGCAAGAAGAGGAUGUCGUCAUCAGAGGGGAAAUUCACUGGUUUAACGGCUACCUCAACGACCCCGAGGUGAAAGUUGUGGUUAUCCAGUCGAAGGGCGUGAUUGACUGCCAAAAAGAACUAAAUCGAAAUAAAGCUGAUGGUAUUGCAGCAGAGGACAUCCAAGGAUUAUCAAGUCUACUUUUCGUGCUGAGCCAGCUUAUUGCCAUUGCCGCUUCGUCGAUUAAUGAAAACUACGUCUAUGGUCGCAUCUUCAUAACCACUUAUGAAAACUUCGACUCCAGCACGACCAUUAAUCCAUUGACGCCUUACAGAUGCUAUAAAUUGCCAGAACACUAUCACAUGCUUAUUAGCCAACUGGUCAUUCACACCCAGAUUGAAAGGCGAUAAACCUUUGACCAGGGAUGAUGGGUAAAACCAAACUCUCUUUCUGCCAAUCAAUUAAUCAGUCGCCCUUGCUAAAAUGAAGACGCUUAAUAGUAAUUUAAAGAAUAACAAAUUAUUUGAAUACUUCUGAUUGUUCCCUAUUAAUUUAAAAUGUGCUGUAAAAAAAUGUUUCAAGUGUAUUCAGAUGUGUUCGUUUUUCGUGUUCAUGUGUAAUCGUGAAUCUCGAGUCUAUCGACUAACAGGAAAUGAUAAGAAAACAGAUGGAACAGUUCAAAAUAUCAUGAAUUAGGUCAGUAUUUCAGAGUACGUCUGUAAUAACUAUACGUAUUGCGUAAACUUGUGGUUUCUGUUAUCGCGAUUAUUGUUGACAUUCAAAGAUAAACGGCCAACGAUUGAAACAGCUACCAACAACAACAACAAAAAUCCCUAAAGUUGAUAUCUCAGAAAAUUCUUAUCCGGGGCGGGUCAUUGGGUUUUGUCGACUACGCAAUAAUUCCCCCUGCACCGUAACCCGCCCAUAAAUAUAAUGCCGAGUAAACCGCGCUGAAUUUUUUCCUUAUUUUGUGACGCCAUUAGUCAGUUGUAGUCCAACGUUCAUCGUUUUUAGACACGAAAAUGAGUGUUACAAUGGAAUCAUUAAAAACUGUUUUCCUAG